GCUCGUUCGUCCGCUCGUGUCCUCCGUUCAGGUUUCCGCCCUCUCGUCUCCUCGUCGUCCUCGCCGCCGUCCCCCGCCCCUGCCAUCCCGCCCGACUACCAGACGUGCUCGUCGUCGUGGACGACGCCCCAGACAGACCCUACCCACGCGGAAGAGAAUUCGGGGACGCCCGCACACGCCGCCCUGGCGGGGCCAAGUAAUGAGCAACGCAUCGCCCACCGCGUACCUCCUGUGGGCCAUCCUCUCCGUUCUCUUCCUCGGCUUUCUGAUAUACCACCUCUGGAGCUACGACCGUUUCCAGUGUCUCCGCUGGUCGGCCGGCCGCCAGCCGGGCGCGUUCAAGCGUGUCAUGACUUAUUCAUAUCUAGCAAGCGUGCCGCUGUUCACAAUAUACAGCAUCGCCUAUACGGUGUUGAAGUACCGCGAAGGCUUCGUCGUGUUACCCACGACAAAUAUAAUCUUCCCUCGCCCGAUCGAGAUGUAUAGCGACCCUUCGCGGUCGUGGAUCCUCCCGCUGAACUUCAUCUUCAGCUUUGCUUGGGCACUCGAGCUGGUAACCCAUCUUGAAGAGCUCGCUUUCUGGCUGUACCUCCUCCAUCAGAACCCUGACAAGGGCGAGUGGUUCGAGAGCUGGGAGUACAAGUUCUGGUACUGGGGGAGUAUCGUUUCGAUCAUUGGGAUGCCGUUGACGUGCAUGAUCGCACGGAGACACCUGAACACGCUCGACGCGUACAUCUUCCUGAGCGGCUCGGGCGGCUCGCUGAGCACGACAGUCGCGUUCCUGUACGUCCUCUGGCGCUUUCCGCGCUUCAUCCGGCACGUCAAGGCGGAGGGUGCGGACCCGACGGUCGUCGUCCGGUUGGCGACGUUCUAUCAGCUCAACCUCGCGAGAGUGGUGUUUAGGUUCUUGUUUACGGUGCCGCUGUUGAUGCUCGCGUUGGAUGGGAUCAUUGGGCAGAGCCAUCCACUGAACUCGCAUCUGGUGUCGGCAGACUUCCUGGUUAUGAUUGGGGGAGUGGGGUGUUUCGUCUCAUCCGCGAUCACACUCUUGAUAUUCUUCCCGCGCUCGAUCCUGCGCGAGGCCGGCUAUAAGCCCAAAGCGACAUCGACGUCCACUGUACACCACUCACCCAAAGCACACAGCACUCCCAUCCUCGCCCACGCACCCUCGCUUUCCCUAUCACAUGCGCCGUCGAUAACACACUCAGCUCCUGUCCUCUCAUCGUCCCUCUCUCCAUCCACCUCUGCAUAUUUCUCAAGCCACCCUCAUUUCACGGGCGCCCUUUCCCACCCUCAGCUACACCAUAUCGCGAGCCUCGACCAGUUGCCACGGACACAAGGAUAUGCACAGCAACAUUUUUCUGCAGCGGGUGGGGUGGGUAUGGGCGCGGUAGGUGGCGGGAUGGGCCCGAUAGCGGGACCAAGUUCCUGGGAGGGCGAGCCACCAAGCGGGGCGGUGAGUCCAUAUGAGAGUAUGAUCGACGUGGCUGUGGGCAGGGGCGGGACGAUUGAGGAGGCAGACGAGGACAUUGACGAGGAAGGGAACGGCGACGCGCCGCCGUACUCGCAUACGCACAUACAAAACUCCCACUACCAUGCCCAGCAUGACCACCCGCGGGACCACCAUCCACAUCCCCGCCCACACUCAUUUCCGUAUCCACGGAACUCGCAGACGCAGACGCCGCCGCCCUCGUCAUCCUCGCCGCCCUCGCGGCCACAUUCACAGAUCAUCCUGCCGACAACGGCGGGCGCUUGGUCUCCUCAGGAAGCACCAGCGCACUCCGCCCUACACCAGCGCCACCCCUUUCCGCACUCACUAUCUCCACUACAAAUACCACAACAUGCGUUGUCCCCACCAAACUCGCCGACGGCGGUGCGCGUCGCGAUUCCACCACUAGCGCGCCAGCCGUCGGCGUCUGCUCACUCGCCGGCGUGGGCGGAGAGCGUUAACGUCGCACGACGCGCGAGCUCAUAUGUGUCGACGAAGCCGUUGCUUAGAGAGGGCGAGAAUGAGCUGCAGUUGCGGCAUAGCGGGAGCGAUCGGGGGCGGGAACGCGAGGAGCGGCGAUGGGGCGCGACGCGCGAGGGGUAUAGGAGAGGUGCCCCGAGGCUACAUCCUUAUGUGAUGACUUUCACGAGUCCAAUCGAUUUGGUGGACUUGUCGAUGCCCGAGGAGCUCCCGGGCGAAGUGCCGUCCGGACGAAGAUCACCGUGACCUCUCAGUUGCUGUGCCCUUUCUCGUGCGCUCAUGCAUCCUCAUCGGCGCAUAUUCCCUGGAU